AUUCAUGUGUGCGCCAAAAUAAACCAUUUGCAGAAACGAAAUUUUGAGAGAGAAAGUAAUGUCGAAAAUGGUGGUGGAGGAAGGAAGUCCGAAGAGCCCAGAGGCGAAGCUAGGGCUGGAAGUGGAGGACCUGUGGGACGUACAAGAGCCACAGCUAUCUCCCACGGAGAAGCUUAAUGCAUGUUUCGAAAGUAUUCCCGUUUCCCAGUUUCCACAAACUUCGUCUUCGGAAGUAAUCGAGAUCAGAUCGGAUGCCAGUCUGGGUGAAGCUGUUCGAUUACUCUCCCAAAACAAACUCCUCAGCGCACCAGUCGUAGACGUCGAUGCACCAGAAGAUUCCAGUUGGAUCGAUCGAUAUCUUGGUAUAGUCGAAUUCGCAGGCAUCGUCGUUUGGAUUCUACAUCAGUCAGAAAAGAAAGAGGGAUUGGAUGCAGCCGAAGUAUUCGCUAGAGCAUUACAGGAACCCACCGGACCUGCAGUUGCCGCCGCCGCCAGCGGCAUGUCUUCCCCGAGAUACAGAAGCUCACAGCCGGGUUCUCCUAAAACCGCCGGGAACUUCUUUGAACUCUUAACUUCUUCCGAUUUCUAUAAAAACACAAAGGUUAAAGACAUCUCAGGGACAUUUCGUUGGGCUCCAUUUCUGGCAUUACAACCAUCAAACUCCUUUCUCACCAUGCUUUUACUUCUAUCAAAGUACAGAAUGAAAAGUGUCCCGGUUGUUGAUUUAGGUGAUAGAAAGAUUGAAAAUAUCAUCACUCAAUCUGCAGUGUUUCAUAUGUUGGAAGAAUGUGUUGAUCUUCAGUGGUUCAAAAGCUGGGGAUCCAAGAAAUUACAUGAGAUUGGUCUUCCUCUUAUGAAAUCUAAUCGGAUUAUUAAGGUAGAAGAAGAUGAACCCGUUCUUCAGGCGUUUAAAAUCAUGCAGGAGAAGGGAGUUGGUGGUGUUCCGGUGGUGGCUAGCGGCGGCGGCAACAAGGCGGUUGGUAAUAUCAGUAUUAGAGAUAUUCAAUUCCUCCUAAUUGCCCCUGAGAUUUAUAAAGAUUACAGAUCGAUUACUGCUAAGAAUUUUAUAACAGCGGUGAAAAGCUACUUGGAGAAGAAUCAGAAGGGGUCGCCAUUGAUGAGUGAGAUGGUUAGUUGCAGAAAAGAUGAUACGCUUAAAGAUGUGAUUUUGAAGCUUGAUUCGUUAAAGAUUCAUAGGAUUUAUGUGGUGGAUAAUGAAGGGAAGCUUGAAGGGUUGAUAACGCUGAGAGAUAUUAUAUCCAGGUUAGUACAUGAGCCUAGAGGGUAUUUUGGGGAUUUCUUUGAUGGUAUUUUGCCCAUACCUCAAAACUCGAGGGUUUAGGAGAGAAAAAAAAAUGAUCAGAUAAUAAAACCUUUUUGUCGGGAA